AUGUCCGCCAUGCCCACGCUUGGGCAGUCGGUCUGCCGCCGGCUCCCCAGCCGACCGCGAGCAACACCGCCGCGCCUCCGUACGUCCACGCCGGCCUCGACCCCACGAUUCGCCUCGACCUCCUCUGGCGGCUUCGUUGGCCUGGGCCGCGCCAAGACCGCCCUUUAUGCCACGACUCUCGCCGCGACGGGCUACGUCGGCUACCUCUACGUGACGGACACGCGUGCCUCCCUCCUCCACCAGCACAUUAUCCCGCCGCUGCUGCGCACACUCUUCUCCGACGCGGAAGAUGCGCACCACAUCGGCUCCCGGAUCCUGCAAUUCCUCUACGAGGCGAACCUGCACCCGCGCGAACGCCCCCCGCGCCACGCUGCGCCCUCGAAGCUGGCGACCGAGGUCUUUGGCGCCACCAUUGACAACCCGGUCGGUAUCUCGGCGGGCCUGGAUAAGGACGGCGCAAUGACGGACAUUCUAUUCGCGCUCGGCGCCGGCAUCGUCGAGAUUGGCGGCAUCACGCCGCGCCCGCAGGCGGGCAACGAGCGGCCGCGCUGCUUCCGCGUCGCCGGGCUCGACGGCCUCGUGAACCGGUACGGCCUCAACUCGCAGGGCGCGGACGCUGUCGCCCAGCGGCUGCGCACACGUGUCCGCCGCUUUGCCAAGCAAAUCGGCGCCACGGAGGAGCAGGUGCUUAAUGGCGAGGCCCAGGUCCCGCCCGGCAGCCUGGCCGAAGGCCGGCUUCUCGCGGUGCAGAUUGCCAAGAAUAAGGAGACGGACGAAAAGGAUCAGGCGGCGGUAGCGGCCGACUACGUCUACUGCGUGGAGCAGCUAGCGCGCUACGCCGACAUCGUCGUCGUGAACGUCAGCAGCCCCAACACGCCGGGCCUGCGCGACCUGCAGGCGACGGAGCCGCUGACGCGGCUGUUGACGGCCGUGGUGGAGGCUGCGCGCGCGACGGACCGCGCGACGAGCCCCAAGGUCAUGGUCAAGGUGUCGCCAGACGAGGACGACGACGCGCAGAUGGCGGGCGUCGUCGAGGCGGUGCACCGCAGCGGCGUCGACGGCGUCAUCGUCGGCAACACGACCAAGCGCCGCGCCGGCCUCGUCCCCGUGGGCACACGGCUGUCGGGCAAGGACCAGCGCGCGCUGGCCGAGACGGGUGGCUACUCGGGUCCAGCCAUGUUCUCGCGCACGCUGGACCUAGUCGGCCGGUAUCGCAGGAUGAUGGACGCGUAUGCGCUCGAGGGUCAGGCGACGGCGGAUCGGGGCGACGCGCGCAAAACCUUGUUCGCUACGGGCGGCGUCACGAACGGCGAGCAGGCGCUACAGGUGCUCAACGCGGGUGCGAGUGUAGCCAUGGUGUACACGCACAUGGUGUAUGGCGGCGCGGGCACGGUGACGAGGAUCAAGGGCGAGAUGGAGAAGCAGCUAUAA